CAGAGAGAAGAGAGACGGAGUGCACAGGACGGAUACUGCUAGUUAUAAGAGUUUGAACAAGUUUGGAAAUGCGGUGAUUUUGUUUGCAGUUGAACGUGUGAGGUGAGAAACCUGCAGUCCAGACAAAGAGUAUUCAGAGAGCUGUCUGCAGAGACACACAAGCUUCCCAACAUCUGGUCUGCUGGAGGACGGGGCGAGCCGGAGAGAGAAAGUUGGGAGGCGGAGAGAAAAACUAUCUCCGCUGGAGAAAAAUGCAUUGAAUUGGAAGUUAAGGUCACCUACAUGAGCUGGGGAGAAAAUUCGUGGUCGUGUUAAAGUGACAAGACUGGAGGGAAAGAGGAGGGGAAAGGUCUCGGAGGGCGAGAAGUCCACCUGGUGCGGUCAGAGAAUGAAUUAGUCCAGGCUCGGCUGCACCGUGUCCCAGCCAGAGAGAAGGCUCACUCCUUGGCCCCCACCUCCUCCCAUAAGAGCCAGGCCUACGCCAAUGGAUGAGGAGAGGAAUGCCCCUGCCAUAUGCCCAGAGCCACCUGAUGAUGGGGACCCCAGUCCACCAACUCCACAACCCAGUUCACAUGCAAACUCUGCCCCAGAGAGCGCAAACAGCUGCCUGAACCCAAAGCCAUGUCCCAGUACGGAUGUGGCCAACACCUAUACUGAGCCCCUCAUAUUGAGGUCAAAUGUCACCCCAGAAAGGUUGCGAGGCGAUGACGGAGACAAUUGCAAAAGCAGCCUUACGCAAACGGCGGCCAGCAAGAGUAUCACAUCUCAACCAGCAGCCAGAUCCACGCCCAUCCACCACACCCAGCCAUGUCGGACACAGCCCAGCAGUCAACUACGCAAUGGAGCCAAGCACAAUUCACACACACACUCCCCUCACAUGAACUGUCCGCAUCGCACGCACACGCCUCACACACAUGCACUCCACUCCAACGGGGUCAGGAACGGUGGCCCUAAUGAGCAUCCUAAGCUGGGCUCUCUCCCGAGAGGUGGCUCAUCCACCUCUUCAUCCUCGUCAGCAGGACCCAAACACACAAAGAAGUUGCAGUCUAACCCCUCCAUCACCUCCCAGAGCAGCAAGAGGAGCAAGAGCAGCUCCAAAAGCAACAGCUCCCAGAUUCCCACAGAGGCACAGGAUGACUGCUGUGUUCACUGUAUUCUGGCCUGCCUCUUUUGUGAGUUCCUAACUCUGUGUAACAUCGUGCUGGACUGUGCCACCUGUGGUUCCUGCGCGGGUGAUGACUCAUGUUUCUGCUGCUGCUGUGUGUCGGAGGAGUGCGGUGACUGUGACCUGCCGUGUGACAUGGACUGUGGCAUCAUCGACGCCUGCUGUGAGUCUGCGGACUGCCUGGAGAUCUGCAUGGAGUGCUGCAGCCUUUGCUUCUCCUCUUGAGGCCACAGCCACCGCACAGGGGGCAGCGCAAAUGUCCAAUUCAUAUUCCCACAAGCCCCGCAACAACUUUGACCAGCUACUUAUCAAAGCUACAAAGUGCUACUCCCAGUCUUUGUUGUCAUAGCUUUGCCUGGGCUCUGUGGGUCACACUAUAUUGGCUGGCCUAAUUGGCUCCACAAUAUGUCCAAUAUUUCUUACAGGGUUUGCCAACCAAAAGAUGUGACCUAAUGCUGAGAGCAGUCACUGGUGAAUUCUUCCUUCCCUUAUUGAUCAAACCAUGGGAAAGUAGCUUCUCCAGCCUUGUCUUUGUUGUUGGUCCAUUGCUACACAGCUGGAUGUGUAGUGCAGAGUGAGUUUCAGCUGUGGUCCACAAGUGCCUGCCAGGCUGUGCGGACUGGGCUGCUGGAUUAUUACAAUGAAGCCCCUUGUGCCGUCUGAAUGACUGGAGUUCACCAAGCAUGAAAAAUGACCUCUAAAGGCAAAUGAGAAAAUGGCUCCAUUUAACCGGAUUUUAGCGUUUCUGUUGAUAAGAGUAGCAGCAUAAUGGAAAAAUGGAUGCUCAGAUCUCAGUAGAAAUGCUUCUGUCUGUCCUCCUGUCCUUGGCAAGGUUAAAGUCUUCCAGUUUGAUUGCAUGCAGUGGCAUUUGUGGCACACACAGCCUAAGUGUGUGCGUUGAAUCCACUGCUGUCUUUGUUGCUAUAUGUACAAAAUAGAGAAAACAUUAAUGGUGGCUUGUGGCAAUAUUUUAGACAAAUUUCUUUUGUUAAUAAGCAUCUCAUUUAACAGACUUAUGCUGAGAAGAAUUAUGGGAGCAUCAUGCAUCAGCCUGGAGAUGGGUCCCAUUAAAUGAGCACUGUAAGUAAAGGACAGCAUCUGCAAUGGAUACAUUCUCUACUUCACAUGUGAAGAGAGCGAGUUCUUAAUCAAAAGUCUCUUUGUUUGAGGGGCUUUGGCUGCAUUCAAUGAAUUCUUCCUCAUCUGAACAGUCAGAACUGGUAAAGGACUGGUAGGGGAUUGGAAGGCAUCAUCUCCUUUUUUAAUACAUUUCAUUUUUCUUUGUCGUUUUUGCUAUGUGAACAAAUGGCCUUGGCUUAGCUUAAGGCCUGAAUUUUCAAGUCGCCUUUACCAAAUCUCUAUUAAUCCUUGUUUUGUAGAUUUUAGUUAAGAUAUUUGCAUUUCUCCUGUAAUGUGAAAAUCACAUUUCUGUGUUAUCAGGUUUUGCUGGGCUCUCUGUAAAGCAGACAUUGCUCAACAUCUAAUUUAAUUCCUUGAGUGAAAAUCUCAACGCCAUUAUGCUAAGUUAGAUCCAUAUGCUUGUAGUAUGAAUGGUACGCUUUUGAUAACAGGCCCGCACUCUCAUAUGAUCAGACGCAUACCUGCUCCAACCCAAUACCUCUUUAGAUGUCACCUAGAUCUGUUGUGCAUUUUAAAAUGACUCGAUACAAAUCUCUCUUCUCUUUGAUCAAAUACUGUUUGUGCAAUCCUUUUUUCUCUGAAAUACCAAAGAGUUUACUCGUACUGGACCCCAGUUUCUAGACCUAUAGUUACUUGUACAUAGAAGGGUUUUUGCUAUGCUUAUGUGGCCGUGGUUGGUUAAAUCCUAUUUUAAAGUGUGAAUUCUAACACUGUUGAGUAUGAAUAUACACUAAGACUGUAACCAACAUGAUAACACCAAAGCAGAAUAUGCAAGUUUUAGGGGAUUGCAACUUGAGAAGAUAUUAUGACUGUCACUUAAUUUCAGAAUGAGCAUGUUUCAUUAUUCAUAUUUUAGGACAUAUUCAAAUUCAACUGAAACCCAAUCCUGGAGAGCCCUGGAAAACAAUGCAAUUCUUCACAGUAUGGAGAGAUUUAUGAAGGGAGAACUGGAUUAUAAAAUGUUAUGUACAGAAGUGAAUACAAUGUUUUUGAGGGGGGGGGGUUACUAGAUAUUUCAAGUUGAGAAUCUAUCAAUAGUGCUUCACCUGAGAAUAUGUUCUUUUUCAUCACCAGACUUACUAUGUCACAAAAAGAAGUAGUUAUAAAUAUCUGGUGCGCAUGACAAACCCAAUAUGAGUAUGAAACAGAAAAAAAACUCUCUUGCUUAACAACACUGGUUUCAACAACGAUCAAAUAUUGAGAAUAAUAAAAACAGCUUUGUACCACUGGAAUACAGUUUUUACACCAUGAACAUGCAAUGUUACUGUAGCUUGCUGCUACAGAGCUACAAAGUUAGCAUGACUCAUCUCCACUGUUGACAAUGGCAAGGCUACUGUGCCUGUUAGCCAGCAGUGUUAAAACAAGGACAAUUCAAAUUGGUAUCUUGCAAGCUACUUGGUUAGGGCAAGCAAUAAUAUUAAUGCACCCUAGGUCUCCUACAGGCUCAUUUUAAAGCUAAGACAACAGGUCCACUGUUUGCUAGCCCAGGCUCAACUGACAUGUUGUUUCCUUCAUGACACAUGGCACAACCGCAAACUCAGCUCAGCUUUCAAGACUCACCACGAUGCUGAGGUUCUCACUGGAUUCCAAAAAGAGUCAGUCUCUUAGGCCUUCAAAACCAGGAUAAAUGGGAAGCUCAUAGACAGGCCUUUUUAUGUUUUAUCAAUAGAAAUGGCUCCAACAUUUCUUUCAACUAUGUUUAUUUUAUUUUGUUCAAUUUCCUGCUAAGUGAAAUUAAGUCAACAAAACCUACUGUACCUGUGAUAGAAAGCAUAUGGCUUUGCAACCCUCAUUUUAGCAAUAGAGUAGCAGUAGUAAUUAUGUUUAACCAUCUUGUGAGGUUCCUGUUUUCAAAAAAGUUGCUUCCCCUGGGUUUUUGCAGAUGUACUGUAAAAAAAAAAAAAAAAAAAAAAAGAAAAGAAAAAUGUCCCUGUUGCAGUGAGAGAGUGCAGCAGAGUGGCAAAUCUAAAGCUACCAUUGAGGUUGUGCUAUGCAACAUAAAUUAUGUGAAACAUUUUAAUAAGAUCUGGGUGAACAGUGAACAUAUCAUUUAAGUUUAAUUUAAUGCUAAUGGAAUAAUUUUCAUUAAAUAAUACUUUACAUCUAUACUGAAAAGUGCUUCACAAUGCGUGGAGAAUGGAGGCAGUGGGCCAAUCUGGAGGCAAAGACUGAUUGGUUGGUCUGGAGAUGGAAAACGCUGUCUGGAAGUGGAGAUGAAUGCAUUUGGAUUAUUCUCUGGAAUUAGAAAUGGUUUGGAGAUGUGGAUUUGAUAUCUCAUUUCCAAAUAUUUCCCCUGGUAUUCAGUGAUGUUAGUAGUACUGGAAGAAAACAAAAGUUUACUCUCAGUAUUUUCAGCGUUUUUGUUAUGAUUAGCUUGUUCACAGAAAUGUCUAACCAUUGAUAUUUGUGGAUUUGUGGAGAUGGAAUUAAGAUAUUGAUUUAUAAGGGCUCGCCACCUAUAUUAGUAAUCUUAAAUUUAUCCUAGCCCAGCUGAAUUGUUACUUGACUGUAGUCCACUAUAAUGUCAUUUUGUUUACACUACCCCCAUUUAAUGUCAAUUUCAAUUGCUGUCCUGGAAGUCACAUUAAAAUCUCUUUGUUUAAUACUGAAUAAACAAUGUGAACUCCAGGCUACAUGUAUCACUCACUUCUUUAAUUUCACAAAUGCUCCUAGCUUUCAAAGCUAAGCUUUACACUUUGGCCUUAUUAUAUUAUGUUUAGAUAGAUGCUCCUGUUGUACCCUAGUGUAUUUACAUACAUAACAAACUGUCCAUCCAGGAUCCCUAUGUAAUGAAUCUAAUGG